UGUGUGCACUGAUACACUGACUGUGUGGGUUCAUGAAGACUCCAAAACAACCAUGUAUUAUGAGAGGAAGACGGAGAAACCACAUUAGACUUGCUAGUGGAGAGGAGCCAGUGAAGUGGGACUGUCCUUUGUACCUAUUGAGGCCUAAUACAACUGUUUGACUUCACUUUAGACAUCCAUUGUUUGGAAAAUGGAUGUAUUGAUCAAUUGGUUAAGGAGCGUUUUACUGUGCUGGACAUAUCUGGUUGUCUUUCUCACCAGCGCAACUUCAAUGAUUCCCAACCAGGAGCAGGUGCGCAGUGAAACCCCUAUGGGCCAAAAGGGCACAGAUUUCGAUGAUGUAUCCUUUCUACGGACCAGAUCAAGUAGUUUCGUAUCUUCCUCGCAGCCGAUUCGGCCAUAUUCACUCUCGAUGAAUGAGGGGGAUUACCAUUAUGCUCCGAAACCCAAACACCUGCGGCACAACCGGCUCCUGCGCAUUUUGGGCUCGUCUUUUGAUCCGUUCUGGAUGUCCAUAGAACGCCCAGCCGAAGCAAGAGUCGACACCGAUGCGUCUGGUAGUCAAACUGCGUCUCGUGGUGACCCGCCCGCGUAUCCCGCCUUAACAAACUACACCACUAAGGAGGGGUUCAACUUCGGCGCGUCUCCAGAGCUGACAGAGGGUGCAGCGCGCUACCAACGAAAACUACAAAACGACGCAGAGGAUUUGGACUUGAGUGAACUUCCUGCAGACGUUGCCAGCACUCUGCGUGACUGGCUGGUCCGCUCGGCCACCUGUGGAAUGCGCUACCAGUGGGUAAAAUUAGCUCCAGUGUUCUGGCCCCGCUGGUUACGCCACACCGAUUGCGAAAAAUCUGGUGGCUCUCGGAGUUGCUCUUUCCCCAGCGGGAUGGCAUGCCGGCAGGCCCAAACCACACAGAUAAAGAUACUCGCCUGGCACUGCUGGAGCAGCGAAGAGAGAGGCGGGGAUGGGUUAAGAGAGAUGGCCGGGAUCGACAGGGGGACUGUGGUGGUGGGGACAGGUGUUGCAGGCAGGAAGUGUUUGUGGAGGCAGGUGCCUUAUCCUGUGGUUACAGCGUGUAAAUGUUCAUGCAAAUAGUUUUAUUUAAUCACUGUUAGUCACGAACAUGUAACCUAUUUGGGGUUGGCCUACAUUCAGGAGAUAAUUUAUUUGAACAUCUGAUUGUCAAUGUAGGCUUACGACUAUUUGUUUUGCAAUUGAUUAUCAAGUAUUGUUUGUCCAGCCUUAAAUAGGAUACCUGUAUACAAUUAAUUCACUUGGGUUUCGUAAUCAACUUGUUUUCAUUAGUAUGAAACGAAGCUAUUGGACGAAAAUUGAAUAAACUUGAUGUUUCCAACCAA